CCUGAAGCUGGCGAUUGGCGAACGAUGAGGGGAGAUACAUGUCAAACCCACCUCGCUAAGGUCAAAACCCAACCAGCUGCUAGACCCUUUCUAUUGCGUCUUCCCCCGCACAUCUAGGGUUCCCCAUAUGCCAAGAUGAUGCCAAGUAUGGUGUCCCAGAUUGAGGUAUAAACGUUGCCUCGCUCGAGGGAGGUUUCGAUUCUGUCCUCGACCACUCCCUCAAUUUCUCUGUCCACUUUCAUCAUGAAUAUCCUUGCCACCCUCGCCGCUCUCCCCAGGGAGAUCGGCUCCACGCUGCACAUGAAGCCUGUCCAGGCGUUAAUCUGGCUGGCUUGUUGGGCGUGCUGGACCCUGGGCUCUCUACAAUACUAUGCCCUUCCGUUUACUCUCAGCACCGUGGCGGAAGCUCUUGACGUUGCUGAGACCAAUGUGUCAGAAGCCAAUACCACUACUAUGCUGUCUCGUGCUGUGGGAGCAGUAAUCUUUGGUAUCCUGUCUGAUCAGUACGGGCGGAAGAUUCCCAUGCUCAUUGACCUUAUACUCAUGUGCGGCUUCACUGUCGCCACGGGCUUCUCGCAGACCUUUCCCCAGCUGAUCGGAUUCCGGUUCCUCUUUGGGGUUGCCUACGGUGGAACAUAUGGGUUGGCCAUGGCGACAGUGCUGGAAGCAGUGCCGGAAAAGUCCCGUGGUGUGGUGGCCGGCUUCACACAGCAAGGCUUCUCGUCCGGCUAUCUCUUUGCAUCGGGCUUGCAUCUGGCUAUGAAUGGCUACGGUUGGCGCUCUCUUUUCUGGCUUUGCGCCGGCUUGACAGUCCCUAUCGCCAUUCUUCACGCGGUGACCCCAUAUUAUAGCGUUGCCUCUCCGGCCACUCAAGACGAAGAACACGCCAACGGACCGGUUCAUGACACCCGCGCAGCUGUGGGAGGAAAUCUUCCAUUCCAUAAGAAGCUCGCCUACGUGCUACGGUAUCACUACAAGGCCUUCAUCUACGCCUGCUGUCUGACCUCCUGUCUGGCUACCAUGGGCCACGGCACCAUGGAUCUCUACCCGACCUUCCUCGUCAGCCAACGCAAGCUGAACAUUCUACAAGAGACAUGGGUAACCUGUAUUCUGCAGAUCGGAGGUAUCCUGGGCGGCGUGGUCGGUGGGUUCCUUUCGCACAAAGUGAGCGCCAAAUGGGUGGCAGCGAUCGCAGGACUGCUUAUCGCUCCGUGGUUACCACUAUGGACGCUGCCAACGAGAUGGGGACUUCUCGCUCUGGGAGCCUUCUUCUUGCAAUUCUUCUACGGUGCUGCGAUCGGUAACUUGGGAAACUUGUUGCAGCAGUUGUGCCCUCAUCCUGGCAUUAGAGCUGCCUUUACUGGUGUGGCGUACAACAUCGGCAAUGCGGUCUCGUCGAUCGCACCCACGAUCGAAACGUCGCUGGGAGAGCGGUUCCCGACUGCUGACGGGUCACCGGAUUAUGCGAAGACGCAAAUGAUCCUCGUGGGAAUUGUUAUCUUCUGCUUGGUUUUGACUCUGACGCUCAUGCCGCUGAACAGCUUGAACAAGAGCUGGGACCGGGAGGAUCCAAAUGCUACCGUCCCGGCAACACAUGCAGAGAUGGAAGUGAUCGAUAAAACCGAUUUCAAGGCACAGGAGGCAGAUGCCGAGAGGGGUGGUUCGACUCAUGUUGAGGAUACUAAGUCUUAGUUCACGAUAUGUUUUGUAUGCUCGAGUUUUACGGUGGCUGGCGGAUUCGGAAUACUUCAAAGUGGAAUGUAAAGCACUGCUUCACCGUUUUGUAUUACUCUGAAUGAU